AUGGGCGCCAUCUGCAAUCUGGUCGACGUCGUUCUCUUCGUCUUCUUCCUCAUCAUCGCCGCCGCAGUGCCGCUCCUCGACGCGCAGACCUGCCUCCCGCAGCACCUCUUUCCGCCGUCCCUGUUGGAGCUCAAGAGCUGGUACACGCAAAACUACGGCGAUUAUUUGGUCGCCGAAAAGCCGCAUUUCUUCGUCGGGCUUAUCUGGCUGGAGCUCGUUUUCCAGUGGCCGCUCGCUCUCGCGUCUCUCUACGGCAUUGUAGCGGGGAAGCCUUGGUUGAGCACCACCUGUUUGAUAUAUGGCGCUUCCACAUUGACUUCCAUGGUUGCAAUACUAGCGGAGAUGAAGCUGUCCGAACGAGCUUCUGAUAAGCUCUUGAACAUGUAUUUGCCGUUUUUGGGGUUUGCGGCUUUAGCUGUGCUGCGUGGUUUGUUCGGUCACUCAGAGAAGAGCGUGACAAUCGGGAGACGACCACUUAUGAGGAAAAAGAGGGCUUGAGAUUAAGAUUGUGUGCUCUUCUUUAAAAUGGCUGAGAGUUUUUAGUUCUGACCACUGCAUUGUGAAACAGAUUCCCUCUUGAUUCUUGAUUCUUAAUUCUUGAUUUUGCAGUUUUUGGCUGGGAGUGUGGGAAUCAUGCUCAUGAGACUUGAGAUCUUGUUUUCUGAUAUCUUUUCAAAUAAUAAGUUGAAUUUGCUCCCGCCAUUUUGAGAAAUGAGAGUUUUUAGUUUUGAAGUCA